AUGCCUUCCAAACCGUCGUCAGGCUUGCAGAAAGCAUUCGAUCGAUAUUCGAAAUUUGGCAAAACUCAAGCCCAAUUAGCGGAUCAGCAUGGUCUUCGUAUUGGCUCAGCAGGCAUUCAGAAAAUGAUGAAAGAUUGUUCGUUAAUUGACAGCAAAUAUACUUCACAAUUAUUAGAUAAUGACAUCGCGCGUGUACUAGGAAAGUUAACAAUCAAAUCGAAUGAACCUAGUACGAUUUGUUAUCCCAAGGGAAUGAAAACAUUCGAAAUCAAAGGUUUCAAAGUUCUCAUCGAUCGCAUCGCCGAAUCUAAAGGUGUUGGUCAUGAUGCAAUUCUUGCUCGAAUUAAUGCAAAUGAAGGUCCAAGUCUUAAUCAUGUUACUGAAGUUACUAACAAAGAUAUCACCCAUCGCAUGACGGACACUACGCAAUACACAGGUACACAUAAAGAACGAUUCGAUGAAGAAGGCCAUGGCAAAGGUAAAGAAGGCCGUUCGGAUGAAAUUGUAUCUACAGGUUAUGUGCAAGGUUUCAAAAUCAAUGAUCAAGUAUCCUCGAUGAAAAAAUAA